AUGUCUCAGAAUCUCAAAUUUCAGAAUUUCAGUAAUUUCUGUCUGUCUUAUCUCGGAAUCGCAAAAUCUCAGAAUCUCAAAAUCUCAGAAUCUCAGAAUCUCAAAAUCUCAGAAUCUCAAAAUCUCAAAAUCUCAAAAUCUCAGAAUCUCAGAAUCUCAGAAUCUCAAAAUCUCAGAAUCUCAGAAUCUCAGAAUCUCAAAAUCUCAGAAUCUCAGAAUCUCAAAAUCUCAAAAUCUCAGAAUCUCAGAAUCUCAAAAUCUCAGAAUCUCAAAAUCUCAGAAUCUCAGAAUCUCAAAAUCUCAAAAUCUCAGAAUCUCAGAAUCUCAAAAUCUCAGAAUCUCAGAAUCUCAGAAUCUCAAAAUCUCAGAAUCUCAAAAUCUCAAAAUCUCAGAAUCUCAGAAUCUCAAAAUCUCAGAAUCUCAGAAUCUCAGAAUCUCAAAAUCUCAGAAUCUCAAAAUCUCAGAAUCUCAGAAUCUCAGAAUCUCAGAAUCUCAAAAUCUCAGAAUAUCGGAAUCUCAAUAUCUAAGAAUCGCAAUAUCUCAGAAUCUCAAAAUGUGAUCUCGAAAACUUUCCCGAUUACGAAUGUCUCAGAAUCUCAAAUUUCAGAAUUUCAGUAA